AUCGCGCAUGCGCAGCUGUUCCGCCGUUGCCUCGCUCACACACCGGAGUCACAACAACCGACAACCGUGAAGCUGCGAGCGGGCGUGCGUGCGAGUGAGUGAGUGAGCGAGCAUUGACGUCGGUCGUCGGCUGCUGUCACCGAGCGUCCCGGGAGACAGAACCGCAGGAGCCGGACACUCCCACGCCAGGUAGCGGGGCUCCAGGUGUUGGCCGAGUCACGUCACGUCACCGAGCCGCCGCCGAUGGAGCGGCCGCCGACACCACCCUGACGAGCUAACAGGUUAGCAUGGAGCUAACACCACCCUGACGAGCUAACAGGUUAGCAUGGAGCUAACACCACCCUGAGAAGCUAACAGCGAGCUAACACAUCUGGCGCGGAGGAUGCUGGCGCGGACGGCGGCUGAGCCCGAGGCCGGACCCUCUCCUCCGCCGCCGCCGCCGUGAAAGCCGCGGCCGGCAGCAGCCAUGCAGGCGGCCCCGCUGCAGUACGACUUCUUCAGCGAGGACAACGCGCCCAAGUGGCGAGGCCUGCUCGUACCCUCCCUGGACAAGGUACUGAAGCAGGUGCAUCCCAACCUGGUGUCCCAGCAGGAGGCGCUGCAGUACAUCGAGCAGCUCAUCCUGCUGCUGCUCAGCAUGUUGUGUCAGGCGCAACCUCGCAGCGUGCAGGACGUGGAGGAGCGGGUCCAGAAAAGCUUCCCUCACCCCAUCGACAAGUGGGCCAUCGCUGACGCUCAGGCCGCCAUCGAGAAGAGGAAGAGGAGGAACCCGCUGGCUCUGCCCGUGGACAAGAUCCACCCGCUGCUCAAGGAGGUGCUGGGCUACAAGAUCGACCACCAGGUGUCGGUCUACAUGGUGGCCGUGCUGGAGUACAUCUCCGCCGACAUCCUCAAGCUGGCGGGGAACUACGUGAGGAACAUCCGACACUACGAGAUCUCCCAGCAGGACAUCACCGUGGCCAUGUGCGCCGACAAGGUGCUGAUGGACAUGUUCCACCAGGACGAGGAGGACAUCAGCGGCUUCCCGCUGACGGACGAGGAGCCGUCGGCCGUGGAGGAGCAGAGCUACUACGAGCUGGUGCGGAGCUUCAUGGCCGACGGGCGCCACUUCCUGAGGCAGCUGGACCUUCUCAUCAAGGUCUUCAGGGAGCGCUUCCACGCCAACGCCAUGCUCUUCUCGCAGCACGACGUGGACAGCAUCUUCAGCCGCGUGCUGGACGUGCAGGAGGUGACGGUGAAGAUGCUGGGCCUCCUGGAGGACACGGUGGAGAUGACGGACGAUGGAAGUCCUCACCCACUGGUGGGCAGCUGUUUUGAAGACCUGGCUGAGGAGUUGGCCUUUGACCCCUACGAGACGUACGCUCAGGACAUCCUGCGCUCCGGCUUCCACCAACACUUCCUGAGUCAGGUCACCAAGCCGGCUGCCUUCCACCUGCAGUCCAUCUGUCAAGGCUUCAAGGAGGCCGUCCAAUACGUCCUACCUCGACUGCUGCUCACACCUGUCUACUACUGUCUGCACCUCUUUGACAUCAUCAAGCAACUGGAGGAGAAGAGCGAGGACGAGGAGGACAAGGAGUGUCUGAAGCAGGCCAUCACUGCUCUGCUCAACCUGCAGAGCAGCAUGGAGAGGAUCUGCUCUCGCAGCCUGGCCAAGAGGAGGCUCAGCGAGUCGGCGUGCCGCUUCUACAGCCAUCAGAUGAAGGGCAAACACCUGGCCAUCAAGAAGAUGAACGAGAUCCAGAAGAACAUUGACGGUUGGGAGGGCAAGGACAUCGGCCAGUGCUGCAACGAGUUCAUCAUGGAGGGCACGCUGACCCGCGUGGGCGCCAAACACGAGCGCCACAUCUUCCUCUUCGACGGCCUGAUGGUCUGCUGCAAGACCAACCACGGGCCGCCGCGUCUGCCCGGGGCCGGGUCCGCCGCCGAGUACCGCCUCAAGGAGAAGUUCUUCAUGCGCAAAGUCCAGAUCAACGACAAGGACGACAAGGAGGGCGAGUACCGCCACGCCUUCGAGAUCAUCCUCAAGGACGGCAACAGCGUGGUGUUCGCCGCCAAGUCGGCGGAGGAGAAGAACGGCUGGAUGGCGGCGCUCAUCUCCCUCCAGUACCGCAGCACGCUGGAGCGCAUGCUGGACACGGCGGCGCUGCAGGAGGACAAGGAGCAGCACGUCAAGCUGCCCGGGCCCGACGUCUACCGCUUCGCUCAGCCCGACUCCGAGGAGAAUGUGGUCUUCGAGGAUAGCGUCCAGUCCAAAUCCGGGAUCCCCGUGGUCAAGGCCGGCACCGUCCUGAAACUCAUCGAGAGGCUCACCUUCCACAUGUACGCGGAUCCCAACUUUGUCCGAACUUUUCUGACCACCUACAGAUCUUUCUGUAAACCUCAGGAGCUGCUGGACCUGCUCAUCGAGAGGUUUGAGAUCCCUGAGCCCAGGCCCAGUGAGGUGGAUCACUUGGAGGGAGGAGAGCAGCCGCUCAGCGCCGAACUCAAACGCUUCCGCAAAGAAUUUGUACAGCCGGUCCAGCUCAGAGUCCUCAACGUGUGUCGUCACUGGGUGGAACAUCACUUCUACGACUUUGAGAGAGAUGCUCACCUGCUUCGACGACUGGAAGACUUUAUUGCUUCUGUUAGAGGCAAGGCGAUGAGGAAGUGGGUGGAGUCCAUCACCAAGAUCAUCCAGAGGAAGAAGCAGGUGCAGGUGAGCGGUCCAAGUCACAGCAUCACCUUCCAGAACUCUCCUCCUCCCAUCGAGUGGCACAUCUGCAAGCCAGGAAACGUGGACCAGUUCGACCUCAUGACCCUUCACCCCAUCGAGAUCGCCCGGCAGCUCACCCUGCUGGAGUCUGAUUUCUACAGGUCGGUGCAGCCGUCGGAGCUGGUGGGCAGCGUGUGGACCAAAGAGGACAAGGAGAUCCACUCUCCCAACCUGCUGAGGAUGAUCCGACACACCACCAACCUCACCUUGUGGUUUGAAAAGUGCAUCGUGGAGACGGAGAACCUGGAGGAACGUGUGGCGGUCGUGUCUCGCAUCAUCGAGAUCCUUCAGGUCUUCCAGGAACUCAACAACUUCAACGGCGUCCUGGAGGUGGUCAGCGCCAUGAACUCCUCCCCCGUCUACCGGCUGGACCACACUUUCGAGCAAAUUCCGAGUCGGCAGAGGAAAAUUCUGGAGGAGGCUCACGAGCUGAGUGAAGACCACUACAAGAAGUACUUGGCCAAACUGCGCUCCAUCAACCCUCCGUGUGUCCCCUUCUUUGGCAUCUACCUGACCAACAUCCUGAAGACGGAGGAAGGAAACCCCGACUUCCUGCACAGACACGGCAAGGAGCUGAUCAACUUCAGCAAGAGAAGGAAAGUGGCUGAGAUCACAGGAGAGAUCCAGCAGUACCAGAACCAGCCCUACUGCCUCAGAGUGGAGAGCGACGUCAGGAAGUUCUUCGAGAACCUCAACCCCAUGGAGGACAUGUGCGAGAAGGACUUUGCCGACCGCCUCUUCAACAACUCCUUGCUCAUCGAGCCUCGCAACGCCCGCUCGCUGCCGCGCUUUGCCAAGAGGUACACGUGCCCUCUCAAGUCGCCGGGCAUCCGGCCCACCUCGGCGAGGCCCGGCACCAUGCGCCACCCGACGCCGCUGCAGAACGAGCCCAGGAAGAUCAGCUACAGCCGCAUCCCCGACAGCGAGGUGGACGGCGGCGCUGUCUCCGCCCCCAACUCCCCCUGCACGCCACUGACUCCGCCCCCUGCCUCGGCAGCCUCGAGCUCCACCGACGUGGGCAGCGUGUUCGACUCGCCGCAGGGGCCCAGCAGCCCCUUCCACUCCACUUGCGACGCCAUCUUUGGCCCGGUCUCACUGCCUCACGGCCCACGGUCGUCCUCGGUCUCGUCCAUGGUGAGUUUCAGCCGCAUUCCCGAGGACGUUCCCGUCCCUCCGCCGGUGCCCCCGCGAAGACGACCAGAGUCCGCUCCGGCCGAGUCGUCGCCGUCCAAGAUGAUGUCGCAGUUGGACAGCCCCCCCGCCGUGCCGCCUCGUCAGCCCACCUGUAAGCUCCUCCCCCCUCGGUACUCGUCCCUGUCGUCCUCGUCGCCGCCCGACAGCCCCCCCUUGCUGCCCCCCCGGGAACCCCUCAACUCGCCCCUGCACCUCCUCCCUCCCCCACAGGGCCGCCCCCGCGGCGAGCUGCCGCCUCAGGCCUUCUUCCCUUCCACCUCCGCCCCCGCAGCGUGCUCUUCACCGCCGCCUUCCGUCAGCCCCUCCCCCGCCUCCACGAAGAUGCCCCUCCCCUCUCCGCCCCUCCCUCUGGAUGGGCCCCCUGUGCCCCCUCGCCACGGCGUCCCCAAGCUUCCCCCCAAGACCUAUAAGAGGGAGUCUCUGAGCCACGCCCCCCUGCUGGACAGCCCCCCUGCGUUGUGAGGGGGCGGGGCUUGACAAGCUAACACUACAGCCGCUCGGGUCGGGCCUUCCGACGCGGACUACGUGCUCUUAUUUUGAAGCCUGGAGGUACAGGAAGCAGCAGAAGGGAAUAAAGGUGCCUUGAACCAAGCCGCCCUCUGAUUGGUCGCUUCAAGCAGGACUAUUUCACUAGAGACUUUCACAAUUAAAGGUUGUGUUGCCAUUGAAA